UUUUAAAGUAAAAUCUCUUCAGCAGCAUACUUGUGUCUAUUCAGAUUCUGAUCACUUGGUAUAAAUUGUGGAAAUAACGAACAAAAAAUUAAAGAUUAUUGCAAAGAUUUAAGCAAUAUUUUCAUAAUACUGCGACAUUGUAAAAUCUUAUUAUACCUUCGUUUGGCUAUUGUUUUACAUAGUUUUGUUUUGUUUUGUACGGUAUUGUAUUGUGUGCCGGCAAACCAUUUCCUUGAAUAUAAAGUGUACAACCAUUUGUGGUCUAUAGCAAAUACAGGUGGUUGCUGAUCCAGCUCUUCUAUUAUAUUGCCACUCGUACAAAUGUAAACAGCAAUCAAGACCCUAUGGCCAUGUAAAUUUAAACACAAAACAGCUCAAGUCAAGUUUACUUAAUAAAAAAUAAAAACGAAAACCAACAGAAAAUGAAAAACAACAGAAGCAGUAGCAGUAGCAGAAACAACUAUAACAACAUUAACUACAAGUAUACUCGUAACACUAUAAAAUAAAAUUGUUUUAAAUAAAAGCAAAUACAUGCAUAGAAAAACAACAUCAUUAACAACAAACAACAAUAACAACAACUGAAUAUAAUUAACAUUCUAAAUAAAUAUAUAUUUAGAUAUAUAUAGUACAUGUCUUGCAUAUUCACUGGUUUAACUGGUGUAACUGCUGGCACAAACACUAGCUCCUGACUCUGUUCUACCACUGUACUCUACUACUAUAUUGUCGUCAACGUCAUCCUGCCCCACAACUAAUCCUGAUCCUGUUUCUUAUAUGUGUUUUUUACUUCCUUAUAUUUGUUUCAUUAUAUUCAUUCUCUGAGCCCCCACAAACACUCUAUUGAAUAGAAAACCGUUCAACUAACGAAACACGAACAACACCAUUCAACACAAAACCAUACAACACAUCUCAACUGGUCUCGGUUAGAUUCGACUCGACUUCUUUUCAAUCGCUGGUCUUUCGUAUUUACACUGUCUGAACUAUGGAUUUAUCAUCGUACGUACAACUGUUCUGUUCAUCCGCAUUAUGUUGGCUUUUCAUACUCAUUAUAUGUUGUGCAACACAUACAACAUCGACACGUGCUCGUGUAACACCCACAGCCAUGACACGUAACAUCGAGGAGGAAAAUGUUAAAUAUCUCUUAGAAGGUCCACCUGUCUUAGUCGAAUCAAUAUUUGGCACUUUAGCCAGGCUGCCAUGCAAUGUGACACCUCCUUUGCAGGAAGAUCGAGUAGCAUUGGUGAUUUGGUAUAAAGUCGGGCUAAAAACACCCAUUUAUAGUGUUGAUACAAGAGAGUCCAACUUUUCCCAAGGUGCUCAUUGGUCUGAUGAAGACUAUCGCGAACGUUUAUCCUUUGCGUUGGACGGCCGUACUGGGACAUUAACAAUGAAAAAUACUCAGCAAGAGGAUACAGGAGAAUAUCGAUGUCGUGUAGAUUUUCAAAAGAGUCCUACACGAAAUUCCAAAGUUAAUUUGACUGUUAUAAUUCCACCCGAAUCAAUUAUUAUAUUGGAUCACAAAGGUACAACAAUUAAAGAUCAUACAUUGGGUCCAUACAAUGAAGGUACCAUGAUAAAUAUAACGUGUGUCGCCAUUGGAGGCCAACCGCAGCCAAGAGUUAUCUGGUUUCAUGAAAAUACAAUACUUGACACCUCAUCACAUGCUUUGUCAGACCGUCGUGUCGGUAAUAUUUUAUCACUGUCAAAAUUGAUACGCAAAAACUUGCACAUGCAACUAACAUGUCAGGCUGCCAAUAAUAAUCUAACAAUACCAAUUACAAAUACCGUAGUAUUGGAUAUGAAUCUACGUCCAUUACUUGUUAAAUUGCAAGGAGAAAAUCGUCCUUUAUCUGCGGAUAAUUCAUAUCAAUUAAGCUGUGUAGUCAUUGGGUCGAGACCAGCGCCCACAAUAACAUGGUGGAAGGGUAGUACGCCAAUGAAAAAUACUCAUGAAAUUGCUAAUCCCGAUGGAAAUAUGACCACAUCAAUUUUAACCUUUACACCCACAAUUGAUGACCGUGGCAAGUAUUUAUCAUGUCGCGCAGAACAGAGCAUGAUUCCAGAGUCGGGUAUGGAGGAUGGUUGGAAAUUGGAUAUUUAUCAUAUACCAGUGGUUACUUUGGAGCUCGGAACAAAUUCCAUGAACUCAACAUUUCGAGAAGGCAUCGAUGUGUUUUUUGAAUGUAACAUUAAAUCAAAUCCAUGGAUCAACAAUGUCAGUUGGCGUCAUAACGGCAACAUUUUGGAAAAUAAUAUUGCUGAAGGCAUUAUAGUGGCUAACCAAAGUCUGGUUUUGCAAAAUGUAAGCAGAGCACGCAGCGGCAUUUACACAUGCGUCGGCAGCAAUCGAGAAGGGGAUGGCGAGAGUAAUCCAGUGCACUUAGAUAUACGAUUUGCACCCGUAUGUCGACAAGGACAACGAAGUGUCUAUAGUACGGGACGUCAUGAAACGGUAAAAAUUGCAUGUGAAAUUGAAGCAAAUCCAGCGGAAACAACAUACGUGUGGAAAUUCAAUGCCACACUUGGUGAAACAAUUGAUAUACCGGCCUCACUUAUUGCCAUUGAUCGUGGACGCAGCAUUGCACAUUACACACCAAUGACAGAAAAUGACUAUGGAACUCUAUUAUGUUGGGCUAGUAAUGAAAUCGGUGAUCAAACGGAGCCCUGUGUUUAUACAAUAACACCAGCAGGUGAACCAGACCCUUUGCUAAAUUGUACAUUGCUCAAUCAAACUUCAACUGGCUUUCAAAUUGAGUGCAUAGAAGGUUUUGAUGGUGGCUUACAGCAAGAUUUCAUCAUGGAAGUUUAUGUGAAUGGCACUACCAGACAUCCAAAGAUCUACAAAUCAAAGACACCUUAUUUUGAGGUGCGUGGUUUAGUACCAGGUGCUGGUUAUAAUGUGUUUUUGGUGGCUCACAACAGCAAAGGACGCAGCAAUGCAACCAUAUUGCAAGUAUACACACUUAAGGAUCCAGAAAAACAGACAGAUCUGUCUUUAGCUUAUGCUCCCGUCAUUGAGGACAUACGUCCGUUUCUGGGUAUUUUAGUUGGCGUUGUGGUCAGCAUCGUUUUGGUGGCACUAAUCAUUGUAAUCAUUGUACGAAUGAGGGGUUCGUCAGGCAGGGACCGUAAUAAUUACAUGCAUGGAACGGCCACUACUCAGGGACGUAACAACAAUGGCCUCGGGCCGCUUCACAACAGUCACGACAUGCACAAUGGUCGGGGAACUUGUCAUGUAACUAGCAGUUUAGAUAGCAUUGACAAAAAUCCUGAUAUAAUACCACAAGAUGGACACGAUGAGGACGAUGAGUGGACGACUAGUGCUCACAACCACGCAUAUGCUACAGCUGCCAUGGCCGAACAGAAUGCCGUGAUAACCUCGUCAACAAACUAUGAUCACAUAAUUCCCACAUAUGCUGUCGUCGAUAAAAAGUCACAACAGCAGCAUUUACAACAAUUGCAACAACACCAACAGCAAACACAGCAAAUGUCUGCAGUUCCACCGCCACAUCAUGGCCAAUAUGUACAAUACAAUACCCUCAUCCCCGUUAGCAAAAUGAGCGCUUUCCAAGCACAGCAGCAACAACAACAGCCAAAUAAGAGUGAGUUUUCACAUGCCGAUAUUACAGGGGCAACAGGUCAACGCAUACCUCCAUAUUGCAGUGCAACAUUAGGUCGUCCAAGACAAACGGAUUUAAAACGAGCCGAGCCCAACAUAUAUUCACAGAUUGAUCUUGCUCAUCAUCCCAUGUACUCGACGAGUCCUAUGUUUGCCACCAAUACCAUAACUGGUGUCACAAUGUCACAUCCAUCACAAUUGGCCACCUUUGCAACACCACCACUACCAUCCAUGUAUGCGCAUAAACUAGUUUCAGCUUCACAAUCACAAAAUAUUCCAACAGCCAUGGUAUCUGUGUCUGCAGCAAAUGUCCACACCACCAACGUGGGUAGUGGCUGUGGUGGCGUAGGAGGCGGAAGUAUAAUGCAAACAACUGGAAUGAUGCCCGGGCACAUACCAGUCUCACAUCACAAUGCCCAACAACAAUCCAUCAUUUGUGCGUCCCAGAAGAGACCACAAUCGCCUUCGGCAGCAUCAACACAUUCAGCGGCAACAGCAUCAGCAUCAGCAACAACCACGCUGCCAUCUUCAUCUUUAGCAUCAAGUUGUUCAGCGGGCGGAGUGGGUGGCGGCAUCUUAAAUUUACAGGGAAACGGUAGUAUAGUGCCUGUCAACAAUAUGGGCGGCUCAGGUGUCUAUCUUAACGAAGCGCCCUCAAAUUCUGGCAUUUUAAAAUCUGUUCCCGAAGAAAUAAUUCAUCAUCAAAUUAAUGGUGAGAAUAUUAUCAUGACGCAAGAUCGAAACAACGGCACACGAUUCUGACGAUAAACAUUAUCUAGUUUUAAGAAACCAUGAACUAAAAAUUCAAAACUCAACAAUAAAAAAAAGUAGACAAUGAACCUCAUAUAAGUAAAACAUUCAUAGAAAAAUAACAUUUUAAAUCAAUUCAAAGUGAACCUCAUGUUGAUAAAAAACAAAAAACAAAUACUAAAUAAUAAUUUACAAAAUAAAAAUAAAAAUAUAAAAAGAAGGAAACAAGAGACCUUUAACAACAACAUAUAGCAGAGUAAUAAAGACGUUAUAAAAAAACAAAAACUCAAUUAACUGCCUUUUAAAUGAAACGCAUUUAAAUCCAAUUUAAAACUAAACACUUUCUUUCAAUCCGACAAUUUAUAAAAAAAAUAUUCACGGAAAUAUUCAACCUUCAUGAAGCAUUAGUAUUUCAGCUUCUGAAAUACAACAACACCUUUUAUAAAUACAAUUAAAACUAAUAAUUUAAAUAUUUUUUA